AUGGAGCAAUUUGUACUCUCUUUACUGAUCCUUCAUUGUGCUUGUUCGCCGCGUACUACGUCUGCCAUCCCUAAAUCAUUGCCUCUCACCAUACCAGUUAGGGAUGCCAACUAUAGAUUUAAAUACGCCCAGCAAAUGGUGUCAUAUAUGAAUCUAACGGUAAAUCCCUGUGAAGAUUUUUACGAAUAUGCCUGUGGCAAUUGGAAGAACACUAUCCCCGAAAGGCAUAGCGAAAGCAAACGAGUCAAUGUUUUGGAUAUUGGAUUUGAAUUAAAUAAAAUAAUUGAAAUUAUACUCCAAAAGAAAGCCAUAGUGCAACUUGUACCCGAAUAUGCUGAGGAGCUGAAAUUGGCCAGAAAAUUUUAUGAAAAUUGUCGGCAAACUCAGCUAUACCCCAUGCGUAAAACAUCUAAACAUUUGGAAAUUCUGCAAAAAAUUGGAGGAUUUCCGGCUUGGGAUGAUAAAUGGAAUGCAGCCCAAUUUAAUUGGUUAACCAUGAGUUCCCAUAUGAGUGAAUUCGGCAUAGAGACUUUGAUAAAAGAAGACAUUUUUUCCGAAUAUCCUUUCAUGCCUUACUUUUUAAUGCCCAGCUUUGGUUUCGACAUCAAGCUGAGUUACGACAAUCUUCACAAUAAAUCCUCAAUGGCAUAUCUAACAAAUCGACAAUGCAUGUAUGAAAUUUUAACACUAUAUGGCAUUGGUGCAAAUAAAAGUGAGAUGGUCCUGGAAAAAAUCUUUGACUUCCUAGCCGAAGUCCUUGUGGUUGUGAAUGGUUUCAAAGAAGAUGAGUAUAGCUGUGAAAAACUCUCCGAAACCCUCAAGCCCUUUGAAGUGGAUGCUAUUAUCCAGCAAUGGUCUCAAUAUUUUGAUAUUGUCUGGCAUGGAAAAUUCCGAAAUUUAACCGAAGACAACAGACCUUGUUUAUAUUUUUAUAGAGAGCUUAAUAAAAUUGUUGCAAGACACCGGGAUGCGGUGGCAAAUUAUUUAUCAUUGAAGUUCUUAUAUCACAUGGAUGCUCGCCUAAAGAAUUCCAAGUUACAAGGAGAUUAUUGCACGUGGAGUGUGAGAAAUGGAAUGCGAUUCCUUUUCGAUAAUAUUUUCAUGAAGCUUUUCUUCAAUAGGCAAACUGCCAAAGAUGUUAAACGUAUGGCGAUAAGAAUACAAAAGGAACUGAGACAAUCUCUGCUCGAAGCAACAUGGAUGGAUGCAAAAACUCGAAAGGCAGCCCUCCUUAAAGAAUCAUCUAUGAAGCUCUACGAGGUCAACAGGAUAAACCUACUGCUAUUCGAAAAUCAUAUAAGACGACUGCAUGGCCUCUACUCAGAGCAAUUUAAUAACCAAACAAAACCCUUGCAAAUGAUGUUGGGCAUGGAGGUGAAUGCCUUCUAUUAUCCCCUAGAUAACAGCCUUCAUAUAGCUGCUGGUGUGCUACAACCUCCCACAUAUCAUCCUGCUUGGCCUAUCUCAUUGAAAUAUGGUACUCUGGGCUAUAUCUUGGGCCAUGAAUUUAGCCAUGGCUUUGAUGUGCAGGGUGCCAAUUAUGAUUAUACCGGUCGAAAUUCCUACUGGUGGUCGGAGGAGGCGUCUCAACAAUUCGAAGCGCAAGCCCAAUGUUUUGUGCAAUCGUAUGGCAAUUAUUGUGUACCGGAAAUAAACCGUCGCAUUAAUGGCCUAUUGACUUUGAAUGAAAAUAUUGCUGAUGCGGGCGGUUUAAACUUGGCUUUUAGGGCAUAUCGUCGUUUAGCAAAUGAGCAGAGCAAAAAAGUUGGCAGCCCAAGGCAGGCACAUGGCAAGCAGGAAACAAUGCCUGGUCUGAAUUUAACAGCGGAACAGUUAUUUUUUGUGGGAGCUGCCCAGAUAUGGUGCUCCUCGUACCGAGAAAUGGACUAUUGGCAGGAACUAACGAACACUCACACCAUAGAGAAAUAUCGUGUGUUGGGCUUGAUGACAAAUAGCAGAGAUUUUGCAAAUACCUACAAUUGUCCAAAUAAGAAUGGUGAUAAGUGUGAGGUUUGGUAA